AUGACAUUAGAAGCUAGUAAUAGUGAUAACAUGUUCUACAAAGUUGUUCUCACAGGAGGUAAAGCUUCCCCUCAUCUUUGCACUAACUCGAAUAGCGGAUCACAACGUCCCUGUGGGGGAAAAACAACUGGUCAAGCACGCCUGAGCACAUUUUUUGAAAGCUUAGGAUGGAAGGUCUACAGAGCUCCAGAGGCAGCGUUUAUUUACUUGAGUGGGGGUGUACAGUUUGCUGAACAUAGUAAAGAACAAGCUUGCUUAUUCCAGAAGAACAUUAUACUAACCAUGCUACAAAUUGAGAAAACUUUUCAAGAUCUUGUGAAGAGUCACCAACAGAAGGUUCUUCUCAUCUGUGAUCGUGGGUUAAUGGAUGCCACAGCUUACAUAAAGAAAGAAGACUGGGAGAUGAUAAAGGCUUCUAGUGGCUGGAAUGAAGUAGACCUGCGAGAUAACAACUACAAUCAGAUUGUUCAUAUGGUAUCAGCAGCUGAUGGUGCUGAGGAUUUUUACACCAUUCAAGGACAUGGCACACGUCUCGAGAGCCCUGAACAAGCUCGAGAAAUGGAUGUGGUGACAGCUAAUGCUUGGGUUGGUCAUCCUUGCUAUGAUGUCAUUGACAACUCCACUGGUUUUGAAGAGAAGAUUGUAAGAAUGAUUUCAGCAGUUUGCAAACGAAUUGGUGUUGACACUGGUGAUCGACUGGCACCCAACAGCAUCAAACGGAAGUUCCUUGUAACUGAAAUGGCUGAAGACAAGGCAUUUCCACAUUAUGAAGAAUUCACAGUCAUUCGUGACUAUCUUGUGACACCGUGCAGGCGGAUGCAGGCUCGAAUUCGCAAAAGGGGCCAAAAAGGUUUCUGGUCAUACACCCAUACUAUUAGACGGCCUGAAAUCAACAACCAGUCUGUAGAGUUGAGGUCACAGAUCUCUGAGAAGGACUAUGAAAUUCUCCUGGCUCAGCGUGACAACAAGCACUACACUUUGCAAAAGCAGCGUCGCUGCUUCCUCUGGCAUAACCAGUAUUAUCAGCUGGACAUAUACCUGGAGCCUUGUCCAGAAAUGUGCAAGGGAUUGCUGCUUCUGGAGACUUUCACUGCCAAAGAUCCCAGUGAGUUAAACAUGCCAGACUUUCUUAAAAUUGAUCGUGAAGUGACACAUGAUCCCAACUACACUAUGUUCAAGAUGUCUUUGAAAAUUGGAUUGUUGGAGACAACAGACGAUGAUGUGUUUUCAGAAGAGGACUGAUGUCAGCACUUCUUUGUGAAUAGAUUAGGAAUGAAAUGCAUUUAAAAUAUAUAUAUUUACACACCCAUAUAUAUAGAAACACACACACUUAAAGAUGUGUACAGUUUCUGUCUAAUCACAGUGUUGAAAGGAUCGAUAAAUAAGAAGGGAGAAUGGACCAAAUACUUUAAUCUUCCUUGAAGUUCUUUCUUAACAAGACCUGUCAAAGGUAUUCAGUACAUUACCAAAAUAUAGAUUUAAGUGGUGAAAAUUUUACAGAAUUUGAAAUCUACUAAUUCUUUUGUCUCUGUUGAUCACUCUUUUUCUGGCAUCCUAAGCAGGAUACUGUGAAAAAAUAUUUUUGUAGAAAAAGCCCCUUUAAUAGACACAAUCUUCUUGCUUUUUAUCUUACAGACAAGCUUUGAUCAUGUUAACAUAAUUUAUUGUAGCUUAUUAGCGUUUUGUAUAUAUGUAUUACAGAUUCUUCCAGGAAUAUUUUUUUUCUCUUGAUGCUUUCAUCGAUGAAGAAGAUGGUGACAUGCAUCAUUAUGUUCUCCUUGUUUAUAUUUAGCAACAGCACUUGUUAUUCAUUCACUCAUGGAUAUCCUAUUUUGUAGUGAGCACACAAUUUGAUCCAUGUUAAGUUUUACCAUCAGCUCGCCCACUCUUUUACUUUUUUUGAAUACCUUCUUUGUUCGCAUUUUUGAUACAUUUUUUAUGAUACAAAGACCCACUUACCCAGCUAUUAGUAAGUGGAGUUAACAUAUCACUUAUUAAAAUAUAUUAUGGAAUCUCUUAGACAAGAAGCAUUGUUGUCUUAUUAGAAUUUCGCAGGUGCAUAUGUGCAAGUGUUUCAGGCUUGCUUAAAAUAUCACAGUAGAGUGUAUUAUUCCAUUCUACUGUCUGCUUGUUCUCAGUGGUUAGUAUCAUAGUUUGUCACUUUAUUUGUUCAAGCUACUUGCUGCCUGCCUGGAGAUCAGGUCAUAGAAAUGAUACUUGGGGUUUGUGCUGUACCUGCAAUCAAUGACAUAAUAAAUUUGCGUUAUUAUGUGACAUAAUGAGACUGAGGUAUUAUGCGGGGAAUCAGAUUACCAUGCGGCAAGAGCAUUGGCGUUUAAACCUGGCUGCAUGCUGGUUCCACACCUGGCAAUCAGAAAACUGCAUCCUAGUUAACCCUGCGGUCGGGAUGGGUACCUGACUUUAUAGAGGGUUGGGGAAGAUAAAGCAUCAAGAUGAAAAAGAUAUGGGCACCGCCCUGUCACAAUACUGGCCCCAAGACCUGUGGUCUCCAGCAACCUAAAAAAAGGUUAGGGGACGACUUUUAACUAUUUAUUUAGUUAUUUUGCUUAAAUUUAGAUUCUUUUUCAGCCACCAUCCUUUCAAGAUCAUGUAACGACUCAUGUAACGCAAAUGUGUUUCCUAGCAUAGAACACUGUAUUCGUGGACCAGAUUGGUUUCAGAAACAGGAAGCUGUGGUCAAUAGAGUCUGUGUUGAGAUACCAUGUGAUUGUUAUAAUGCAUAUUUCAGCGCCCCUGAUGUUUUGAGUGCUGUUAAUUUGUGAUAUUUAUACAAGUGUUUGUUAACUCAUUUAUGGGGCUAUGUAUUAUGUGACCCCAAACCUUUGGUCAAUAUUAUUUUUCUGAUAUACAAUAUUUCAUUGUAAUGUAUUUUUCAAAAUCUUGUCGUUCACAAACGGAUUAUGUAAGAAGAAAUUAUUGUUUUUACGAUUAAAGUUGCCUGCGCAGAGUUUGCCAGUCACUGUCAUGCUCGGUACAAGGUAGCCAUCACCCUCUUUCCAUCUAAGCCCAAACUAAUUAAGCCCAAGGGGGAGCCAAGUUGCAGUUUUCUCCUACCCGCUUUUCCACCUGUAUAUUUGAUUGCGGAAAAAAACUGCAAUCGCGGAAGCAAAAUUUGUUGCUGGAAUGAGAUCAGUGAAUAAACGCAAUUUAAACCGUACACACACAACCAAAAGUUAUUUGACGGACUUCUAAAGGGAAAAAAGAACUUUUUAAAUUUUAUUUCCCCAGUAAAAAGUGGGGUGGGGGGUGGGACCCAAAAAGGCAACGAGAUCAGCGCUGCUGAUUUUCUUUUUUUCCUCGAACAGGCAAGCAUGGCGGAGAUAUCCUAUCGGGAUUGAAAUGGAUGUGCUGUUGGUAAUCUUUUCAUUUUCAUCCCAUUACUGGUACCUUUGCCUAUAGAUUGCUUUCGAACAUGCUGUUUUGUCUUCUUAUUAUCCCCGAUCCCAUUUCAUAAUGACAAUGAGUCAUUAGCAUUAAAGAUGUCAUGUCAUCUC